AUGGCUGAUAGCAUCCCACUAAAUCCUGUGAGAAAGAAUUCUAGAAAGGCUGCUUAUUACAAUGCUACCAGAUCUACCAGGUACCAGUUUGAAGACGAAGCUUCGAGUCUUGAUGAGAUGCCUUUGAUGAUGUCUGAAGAAGCAUUUGAGAAUGACGAAAGCGACUACCACACACUUCCCAGAGCUAGGAUCAGCCAUCAGCAACGUGGUCUGGGAUGGUUCCUUUGUGGAGGCUGGAAGGUUCUUUGUGGAAGUUGCUGUGAGUGCCUGGCUCGCAUUUGCUGGAGGAAGAAAGAGCUCAAGGCUCGCACAGUCUGGCUUGGCCACCCCAAAAAAAGUGAAGAGAAGUACCCUAAAAACGCAAUCAAAAACCAAAGAUACAACAUCAUCACCUUUGUGCCAGGGGUUCUGUACCAGCAGUUCAAGUUUUUUCUCAACCUGUAUUUUUUAGUGGUGGCUUGCUCACAGUUUGUGCCAUCACUGAAAAUCGGCUAUUUAUAUACCUACUGGGCACCGCUGAGCUUUGUGUUGUCCGUCACCAUGGUGAGAGAGGCCGUGGACGAGGUCCGCCGCUACAGGAGGGACAAAGAAAUGAAUUCUCAGCUGUACAGCAAACUCACAGUCCAAGGUAAAGUUCAAGUAAAAAGCUCAGACAUUCAAGUAGGAGACCUCAUCAUCAUAGAAAAGAAUCAAAGAGUUCCAGCAGAUAUGAUCUUUCUGAGGACUACAGAAAAAUCUGGAUCCUGCUUUAUCCGAACAGAUCAGCUGGAUGGAGAAACAGACUGGAAGCUGAAGGUUGCCGUUGCUUGCACACAGAGGCUACCAGAACUGGGAGAUUUAUUCUCCAUCAGUGCUUAUGUAUACGCUCAGAAGCCUCAACUGGACAUUCACAGUUUUGAAGGAAAUUUCACAAGGGAGGACUGUGACCCAGCUAUUAACGAGAGUCUGAGUAUUGAGAACACUCUCUGGGCCAGUACUGUAGUUGCAUCUGGGACUGUAAUAGGUGCUGUCAUAUAUACUGGAAAAGAGAUGAGGAGUGUGCUAAACACGUCUCAGUCAAAAAACAAGGUAGGCCUGUUGGACCUGGAGUUAAAUCGUCUGACUAAGGCGUUGUUCCUGGCUCAGCUGAUUUUGUCUGUUGUGAUGGUGGCUCUGCAAGGUUUCAUCGGGCCUUGGUUUAGGAAUCUGUUUCGCUUUGUAGUGCUGUUCUCCUACAUCAUCCCUAUCAGCUUAAGGGUAAAUUUGGACAUGGGAAAAUCUGCAUACGGCUGGAUGAUAAUGAAGGAUGAGAACAUCCCUGGCACUGUGGUUAGGACAAGCACGAUUCCUGAAGAGUUGGGUCGCCUUGUGUAUCUCCUUACUGACAAAACAGGCACUCUCACCCAGAACGAGAUGGUAUUUAAGCGGCUUCAUCUUGGGACUGUCUCAUAUGGAUCUGACACCAUGGAUGAGAUUCAGAGCCAUAUUAUACAGUCUUAUGCUCAGGUGACCUUAACUGUGUCUAAUGGCAGCAGCGCCAGCUCCACACCAUCCCGCAAGCCACCGGCAUCUGGACCCAAAGUGCGUAAGAGUGUCAGCAGCCGCAUCCAUGAGGCUGUAAAAGCUAUAGCCCUGUGCCACAACGUUACGCCUGUAUACGAGUCUCGCACCAACAGUGCCGGCGCCGAGGCAGAGAGCACAGAGGCCGACCAGGACUUUAAUGAUGCAAACAGAUCGUACCAGGCUUCCAGCCCAGAUGAGGUGGCACUGGUGCGUUGGACAGAGAGUGUGGGUCUGACUCUGGUGAACAGAGACCUGACUUCUCUGCAACUCAAGACUCCAGCAGGACAAAUUUUGACCUUCUACAUCCUGCAGGUCUUCCCCUUCACCUCAGAGAGCAAGCGCAUGGGCAUCAUUGUCAGGGAGGAGGCCACUGGGGAGAUCACAUUCUAUAUGAAGGGAGCAGAUGUUGCUAUGGCCAGCAUCGUGCAGUACAACGACUGGCUUGAGGAGGAGUGUGGUAACAUGGCUAGAGAGGGACUCCGGACACUGGUGGUGGCUAAGAAGGGGCUUUCCGAGGAGCAGUAUCAGGACUUUGAGAGUCGGUAUAACCAGGCAAAACUGAGCCUACAUGACCGAGCUUUGAAGGUUGCAGCAGUGGUUGAAAGUUUGGAGAGGGAGAUGGAGCUGUUGUGCGUAACUGGAGUGGAGGAUCAGCUGCAGGCCGACGUCAGACCCACACUGGAGCUCCUCCGCAAUGCAGGCAUAAAGAUCUGGAUGUUGACAGGAGACAAGCUGGAGACGGCUACGUGCAUAGCCAAAAGCUCUCAUCUCGUGUCCAGAAAUCAAGAUAUACACGUCUUCCGACCGGUGUCUAGCAGAGGAGAGGCUCACCUAGAACUGAACGCAUUCAGGAGGAAACAUGACUGUGCUCUGGUCAUCUCAGGAGACUCUUUGGAGGUGUGUUUGCGUUACUAUGAGCAUGAGUUUGUGGAGCUGGCAUGCCAGUGUCCGGCAGUGGUGUGUUGUCGCUGCUCUCCUACACAGAAAGCCCAGAUUGUCAGAUUGCUCCAGCAACACACCUCCAAUAGAACCUGUGCUAUAGGGGAUGGAGGGAAUGAUGUCAGUAUGAUUCAGGCUGCAGAUUGCGGUAUAGGUAUUGAGGGAAAGGAGGGUAAGCAGGCGUCUCUGGCUGCAGAUUUCUCAAUAACACAGUUUAAACACAUCGGAAGGCUGUUGAUGGUACACGGCCGGAACAGCUACAAACGGUCAGCAGCCCUAGGCCAGUUUGUCAUGCAUCGUGGCAUGAUCAUCUCCACCAUGCAGGCGGUGUUUUCGUCUAUUUUUUACUUUGCAUCUAUUCCUCUGUACCAGGGCUUCCUCAUGGUGGGCUAUGCUACAAUCUACACCAUGUUCCCUGUGUUCUCACUGGUUCUGGACCAGGAUGUUAAGCCAGACAUGGCUUUGCUUUACCCAGAGCUAUAUAAAGAUCUUACAAAGGGACGUUCCUUGUCUUUUAAAACUUUUCUUAUAUGGGUCUUGAUAAGUGUGUAUCAAGGGGGUAUCCUGAUGUACGGUGCUUUGGUGCUCUUUGAUCAGGAGUUUGUACACGUGGUUGCCAUCUCAUUCACAGCUCUGAUUCUGACUGAGCUCUUGAUGGUGGCUCUGACUGUGCGAACCUGGCACUGGCUCAUGGUGGUGGCUGAGUUCUUCAGUCUCGGCUGCUAUGUCGCUUCACUCGCCUUUCUCAACGAGUACUUCGAUCUGUCGUUUAUCACGACGCGGACAUUUCUGUGGAAGGUGUGUGUGAUCACGCUGGUCAGCUGCCUGCCUCUGUAUAUCAUCAAAUACCUUAAACGCAAGUUCUCCCCACCUAGCUACUCCAAGCUGUCGUCAUGAGUGGAGUUUCUGCACUUUACCCAGAUGUACACAUAAGGGGGCUCGCACAAGCAUUUAUGUACUAACAUAGCAGCUUAAACAGACACCAUGAACUAUCUUGGCUUAGACAUCUGCUGGAAAUCUGGAAGCUUGAUCUGGUGUGCUUUAUCAAGCUGUUAUGUAUGUUUCAUAAAUGUCUCAAAUGCCUCAUGCUGUGGAGUAUUACUUAUCCAGCUGUGUAUUUUCCUGGCUUAUAUUUGGACGAUGUGAUAAAGGGUAAGCAAAGACUACUGGUAAUACUUGAACAUGCUAAGCACAAAACGAGACCAAGAAUGACUCCAGUGUUGGAACUACAAAGGGAUAUUCUGGAACCAGCAACGUCUAAAAUGAUAGACUUUUUGUUUAGUGCUUUCUUUACUUCGGUGGAUGUCAGUGUUUAACCUGUGGAAUUCUUUAUGUUUCUGGAUUGUUCUUCAGUGUUUUAGUCCACUACUACUACUACAACUUUGGCAAGCAGACUGAUCUGUCAAAGAACUUCUCUUAAAUCGUUAUUGUUUCUUCGCUGUAAAGACUUGCAGUCAUUCUUUCUGAGAUUUUCUGUCCUUGUGGAUUCAUAAAACCACAAAGAUUCUUUUUUUUUAAGAUCAAAUGCAAUUGUUUGCUUCUCUCCACGCCUGAACAUAGCACACUUUCUCAUAGGCAGCUUUGAAUCCCUGCAUUUUCAUAAAGAUCCCUGAUAUGAAAUGCAGAACCUGACGUGAAAGAAGUGCCACAGUGCUGUUUUUGUAAGCGAAGGACUGUUUCUCGUCGAAUGUACAAGAUUUAUCCUCUUGUUUAAAAUCAUUACAGACAAAUUUUGCAUAAUGUGUUAUGUUGAUAUGUUGAGUGGAUUUUUUUAUAUAUUCCUUAGCAUCCUUUUCAAAGCUAAACUUGCAGUGGUUUAGAUAAAUAAUUCCUGUUAAAGCAACAGUAUGCAUCUUUUUUUAUACAAAGCUCUUGUUGAAGAAAUAUUAUGACUUUAAUGGUUAUGUUUACAAGAGUUUUCAGGGUGCCUAUUAGCAGUGCAAGAACAGUAGGUUUUAGAAUGUUUCUGACAUGUCUUAUAAACAAGAAACUUUGUAUUGUUUAAUUCAAAAACCUCUGUAGUUAGGACUGAGUGUGUGUGUGUGUGUGUGUGGGGGGGGGCUGUUUGGCUUAACGGUUUACUAAAUCAAGUUGCACCUUUUUUCCCAAAACUAAGUACCCUACAAUUGGAAGUAUUCAUGCAAGAAACCCUACAUGUCUAAGAGUGUGGAGACACCCUGUUAAACUAUAGGUUUCGGCUGUAUCUGCUACACCUUUUGCUAACAAGUAAACAUAUUCUAUCUAUCUAUAUAAUUUCAAUAGACACUCUUAAAAUGGGUCACAUGCUCUAUAUAGGAUUUCAACUUUUUAACAAUUCCAGAUUUCCGCCCUGCUAUAGCUGCCCCAGUUAGGUGAAGGUGCAAUGAUUAUGUAUUAAAAAUAUCUACGAGCAUUAACUCACAAUACCCCGCACACACUUGCAACUGGAACCACAUAGUGGUCAAGUGUGUAUAGCAUAAAAGGCUUGGUUGCAAAACUUACUAACAGGUUACACUGUUAAACUGCUUCUGGAAGCAGCAUCUGCACAAUCUGUCAGGAGCUUUAUGGAUUGGGUUGUUAAUGGCUGAGCAGUUCACACAUGCCCAAAACCGACAUGUGAGUGGAGUAAAGCACACUAUACUUGGACUUUGAAAGAGUAAAAAUAGAUCUCUGAUGAAUUGCGCUUCACCAUCUGGUGGUCUGACACAUAAAUCUGGGUUUGAUUAGACAAAUCUGACUGUAAUGUAACCAUAUGGGAUUAUGUAUAUCGGUGGUUUGUACUGGGAUACUGCAUUCCAAUGGUGGGAAAUGUUAAUUGUACAGCAUGCAACAAUAUGUAAGAGAACUGUGUGCUGCAUUUGCAAUGACCUUUAAGACCUUGCACUACCAGGCAGGUGGUAAGGAAUGUUGUGUGUAUGUGUGUGUGUGUGUGAAAUAAGACAAUUCCCAACUUGUGCCAACUUCUUCAUUUUGUGUAGUGAUGGAUUUAUUGUGUAUAUAAGUUCUGAUUAAUUAUCUAGUUGCUGCUUAUUUAUGUUUAUUGACAAAUUUGGAUUUUUUUUUCACUCAGUUUGAAAUAGUUUUAGGGUAAAUAAACCAGCUGAGGUGUUACUGUGAUAAUGAUACAAUUUUCAGUGUCAGACUGCUUUAAAAAAAUAAAAUAAAUAAGUGAUAUUGAUGAUACUGAUAUUUUAUGAUUGUUGAAAUUUUUAAGUAAUAACUAUGUAUUUUUAAUGUAGCUAUAUUUUUUACAAGUGAACUGUACAUUUAUCAGUUGUGUAACACUGUUCUGUGCACAGAUCUUCCUUUGACCACUAGAUGGCAGCAGUUUCUUAUCGUGAAUCAACAGCUUUUUAUAGCGUUUCAAAGUCUGACGCAAUACUGUUUAUUUAAUAUGAUGCUAAUGCUUUAUUUAAAAUUGUCUUUUUUCCCCCUAUUUUUAUCAACCGUUUUGUCCUAGUCAGGUUAUAAAUAAUUAUGCUAAUAGAGCGAAUGGGGUAAUAGCUAACAUAACUUGUGUUUUGUAUAUGUGUGCUAAAUAUGAAGCUGAAUAAAAGAAUGUGUGCACAUCAGUUACAUGUAAACUCCCCUAAACAUAUACAGUGUAUCACAAAAGUGAGUACACCCCUCACAUUUCUGCAAAUAUUGUAUUAUAUCUUUUCAUGGGACAACACUAUAGAAAUA